AUGCGAGAUUCAGCAGCGCGCGUCGAGUCUCCACCGCUAGCGACGCAAGGCACGGGCAACGAGGGGGUGAAGGACGGGGAGCUCGUGGUUGAUCAGACGCAUCGUGAGGCGGGCAAGCAGGGGGGGAGGCGUUUUGGGUUCGUCCGUAAUAAUGCCGAUGGGGCACUCCCUGCCAGCGCACAAGCAGCGCAGUGUGCGGGGGCAAGUGUCGGAGCGGCCGAAGACGAAGGGAGCGAAGAAGAGAUGAACGCGCUGGCGAGGAGGGUGGUAGUCGAGAGAGAACUACAGCAUGGCGACCAGGGCUCGAGAGAACAGAAGAGACGAAGGGAAUUAAUCGUAGGUAGGGUCCAGCUGCAUUAA